AUGGCGGCCGUGGCGGCCCCGCGGGGCGGAGCGCGGCGGCUGCAGCUGACCCUGGCGCUGCUCAAGCCGGACGCCGUGGCCCAUCCACUCGUUCGCGAGGCCGUGCACGCCGCCAUCCUCCGGCACCGGUUCCUCAUUGUCCGCGCCAAGGAGCUGCGGUGCGGCCCGGAGCAGAGCCGCCGCUUCUACCGGGAGCACGCAGGACGUUUCUUCUACCAGCGGCUGGUGGAGUUCAUGGCCAGUGGCCCCAUGUGGGCUUACAUCCUGGCGCAUGAGAACGCUGUCCCUCUCUGGAGAUCCCUGAUGGGACCCACUAAGGUGUUCCGAGCCCGACACAGCGAUCCAGACUCCAUCCGAGGUGCCUACGGCCUCACGGACACCAGGAACACGACCCAUGGCUCAGACUCUCCUGCCUCAGCCAGCAGAGAAAUUGCCUUUUUCUUCCCCGAGUUCGACGAGCAGCGCUGGUACGAGCAGGACGAGCCGCGGCUGCGGCGCGGGCAGCUCUACUACAGCGCCGAGGAGCGCGUGCACCGCGUGCUGGGGGCACGGCAGGCAGAGGUGACCUGAGUUACCCCUGGGAGGGCCGGUGUGCCGCCCAGCAGCACCUGUGGGCACAGAGCUGUGCCGUGUUUCGGGGACUGGGGGAGAGGGAAAGCCUCGUGCACGCUGUGCUGCCUGAGAUUAGGUUGUGCCACCUGGAAUCAGAUUAUUGGUGUGACACACUGGGCUGCUGCAGGAAGAGUUCCUCCAGCAGUGCUCGUGCUGACAGUCUGGCCAUGCAGCUCGCUGCCCCCUGGGUUUGUUUGGGUGUGAACAGGACGGGUGAGUUGGUCAAGGGCCAGGUGAAGGAUGGGUUGCUUGUUCCAGAUGGGAUUGGCCUGGAUUUGCUGAUGGGAGGCCUCAGGUUCUCCCUGCUGGCUGUUCCCACAGUGCCUUAGAGAAGGAAAAAGUGCAUGAAGAAAAGCAUCAGCAGGGUAAGAUGAACUGUCCUGUCCUUGCUCACCUGCAGCUGGGCUGGGAAGGAGAGUUGCCAAUAGCUCUUCAUGUGAGCCCACUUGGAGCCCUCAGUGUCCAUGGCCUGACUGGGUGUGUGGGGCAGUUCUGUGUCCCUGGGAAUGGGAUGGACAAGGCCACUGAAUUACCUAGAUACAUGAUGGGAUGAUGACAGGGUGGUGCAGGAGGGCUUAGCUGGGUGGUACAGAGCCAGGUCCUGGCAGGCUGACUGUGUUUCUCUCUGUGAUGCCAUGUGAGAUGUGUUCCUGGAUGGGAUUUCAGUUCAUUUCUGCUGUCUCCCCACGAGCUCCUUACAGUGCUGCCAUUUUAGUUACAGUGUGGUGUACCAGGGGAAUUUCCUUUGGGCAGUCCUAAUGCUCAGGCUGGGGAAGGUGCUGUGCUGUGCUCGGGGCAGAAAAGCUGAGCUGGGAUGCACCAGUGCCCUGGUACGUCACAGAGCCAAGGCAGGGGCUCUCCAGGUGCCUCCAGAGCUCCCUGAGCUGUUGGGUGGUGACCAGCAGUGCUCUGUGGUGGAGAGCACGGCCCAGAGCUGCCAUGGUUAAACUCACCCGUGUCUGUGUUCCCUCCUCCACCUGUCUGGGAUCAAAUGGUCGCUGUUCUGUUCCAGGUACAGAUCCAGGGAUCUGCGGGACAUCACUGCUGUCCCUGUCCUCAGCAGUGUCCAGAGUGGAUCUGCUCAGGGUCCCAUGUGUCUGCACAC